AUGCUAGUCCCUGUAAUUUUCAGCUUUCACGCUCCUGCCAUCAUAGUCGUCCAGGCUCUGAGACUAGUGCUGGAGACAGCCUACCAAACUGCCGCUCACGGCAAGUAUUCUUCAUUCAACGACGUCGCUCGGCCUGAUGCCGUCUCCACUUCCAGAUUUCCUUCAGGCGAUCCUGAAUUGCAAAUUUCGCUGUACUAUCAGAACACAGGCGGCAUCAACACGUCCCUUGCCGAUUACCAGCUAGCAUGCAGCGACGCAUGCUAUGACAUUUAUGCUUUCACCGAAACCUGGUUAAACAACAACACUUUAUCGCAUCAACUGUUCAAUGAAACGUACUCAGUUUAUCGGCAUGAUCGUUCAGUCCUCAACAGCAACAAGAGCACCGGUGGUGGAGUUCUUAUAGCUGUUUGUUCCAGUUUCAAAUCUCGUCUGUUGAAACCUCCCGAGGAUUUAACGGCAGAGCAUCUGUGGGUGGCGAUUUCCACGCUUACUGGCACCCUGUUUAUUUGCGUAAUGUACGUUCCUCCCGAUCGUGUCAACGACUGCAGCUUAAUAGAAAAGCAUACACUUUCUCUAGAAUGGAUCGUUUCACAAAUGGAAGCUAGAGACAACAUUGUCAUCAUAGGUGACUUCAAUCUCAGCACGAUAUCAUGGCUCCACAGUAGUCACAACUUCCGAUUUCCCGAUUAUUCUCGUUCUUCGAUCAGACCAGCAUCGUUUGCCCUACUCGAUGCGUAUUCUACUGCCAGGCUCCAGCAAGUGAAUGGUGUUUUGAAUACUAACAACCGUUUGCUCGAUUUGUGCUUCAUCAGUGAGGAUUUGGGGCAAAACUGUUCCCUUCUACAAGCUCUUGCGCCGCUUGUAAAAUAUUGCAGACAUCAUCCACCUCUACUACUGACGCUGGAAAUGCAUCCUGAGCAUCGCUUUGAAGAAAUCGCCGAAGCUGUUCACUACGAUUUUAACAGAGCAAAUUUUGUUGGAAUGAACAACUUCCUAGCUGGUGUUGAUUGGAAUACUUCGCUUGCCUGUGACGAUGCUAACUCCGCAGCUUCGACGGUGUGUAAUAUUUUGCUUUACGCCAUUGACCAGUUUGUGCCUAAAAAACGCCACCGUAAACCAGCUAAUCCAAUCUGGUCCAAUUCAGUUUUUAAACACUUGAAGAGAAUAAAAAGAGCGGCCCUGAGGAAAUUCAGUAAACAUCGAACCGAUGCUGCGAAAGCUGAAUACUUUCGCGCCAACGCCGCUUACAAGCGUCUCAAUGCCACUUUAUAUAAAAACUACCAGUGUGAUCUGCAGAAUCGUCUCAAAUCGAAUCCCAAACAGUUCUGGAGCUAUGUAAACUAA